CGAAACGAUAAAGUAGUGUGUGACGAUGUGCUUUUCACUCAAAUUUUCGAUUUUUCCUAUGUAUUUCAAAAACACGAAAUAAAAGAAAAGAAGAAGAAAAGAAAAACACACAGUGAUAACGACAAAUUUCGCAAAGUAAAAUUGGCACUUUUCUGUAGUCGAACUUUUAUUAUUUUUUCUUACUCUUUAAUAAAGGAAAAUCCAACAAAAAUAAAUACGAAAAAUCAUCAACAUCAUUCAAAACAUGAAUUUUCACUAGUGCAGUUAGUGUGUGUGUGUGGUUGGAAAACAAUUUUCGCCCCCCAUCGAAAUAGAUUGUUCUUGUGCAUUAAAAAUAUUGUUUCGGAGCUUUUCACACAAGUUGCUUUUUUUUAUUAUUUGGAUAGUCAAACCAACCAAAAAAGAAGAAGAAAAUAAUCGUAUAGUGAUAUAUUGAAAGGAUAAUAAGAAAAUUGAGAGAUAGAAAAGUCGAGAUGCGACCCAAUUUCAAUGAUAGAGUGACUUAUUAUGAGUGGAGUGGUUAGAAGAAGAAGAAGAGGAAAAUAAAAAUUCGAAAACAAGGAGAACAUGCUUAAUCAACACGGAGACACUUCAACUUCGAUAGAAAAAUAGAAGAACCAUAGCUUUUCCAAAAUUUAGAUAACAAUAACAACAAACAAAAAAACUACAAUGAUUGACGGCAUUCCUAUAAAACGAAUGAAACACGACAUGAUAGCGAUCGCAAUGAAUUUAAAACCAUUUUAGAAACGAAUCUGCCAAGAACAAAGUAGCCAAAUAAUAAUAAUAAUAAUAAUAAUAAAAAAAAAUCCCAAAGUGACCAAAAAAACAACCCACAACAACAACAGCAACAAACUAAACCAAUUCAAUCCAACCAUUUCUCAUCGUUCUCUAUUGAACUAAGUGAGAGUUCGCGCAUCUAAAAAUCUAUAUAAGCAAAUGCUUUAACAUGUGUGAAUUCAUAAAAUAGAAGAAGAAAAAAAACCACAUUUAAUAUACGAACAAUUAGAAAGUUUUCAUCGUGCGUGUAAAGAGUUUAGAAGAGAAUUUUUUUUUUCAAAUGUAGACGUAUAACUACAUACAUAUAAAACACGGAUAUUCGCCCUCCAAAACUCAAGUAAUAAAUGCCAAGCAAAGCAUAGACAGCACACACACACAGAGCAACAAAACAUCUUCGAAAUUAUCGAACUAGUAUGAUUGAUAACAAUAAUUUCAUGGAUCAGUUAUAUCACAAUUCUGGGGACCAGCAUGAAUAUUGUAAAUCUGACAACUCUGAUUCGAAUCAGGCAGCCGAAAAUAGUUCAGCCAGGAAAAGUACAUUUCAAACGCAACAAACGGGCAGUGAUUUCAAUAGGGUUGCAAACCAAAAGCGAAAUCAAGAGAAUAAUCAUCGCAACGGACAUAGCGAAAGCCCAACAUCAAAUCUUAUUCAACAAGUGUCAAAGCAAAUUAAUAACAGUAGCAGCCGAGGAAAUUCACCAAACGAAAACGAAACAAAGGCCAAACCACAGCAGCAGCAGCAGCAAGCGGCAUCCUCACCGUCACCGGACACAACAAUUAGUGUCGGCAGUUCAGCGUCUACAGCAAUCCGAGCCGAAUCAAAUUUCGACGCCAAUUUUGUUAACGACGACGACGACGCGGCCGCCGACGACGCCGACACAGCGGCCCAACCAUUACAACCACAAAUCAAACAGAAGCAACAGCAGCAUCAGUCGGUAACGGUUGAAAAACCAAUUACCGCUGGUUUAUCGGCUGUCACAGCACCGCUCACAUCAUCUAAGCUAGAGAAUAACAAUAAUAAUAAUAAUAAUAGGAACAUCAGUGAUUUAGUAGGACGGUCAUUAUUUUUCCGCAAUCGUAAAAUGGCGAGCAAUUAUAAUGGUACUGCUAAUGGAGGCAUGGACACUCUCGGAAUCGGAGGAAUGGGCGGUCCAGCGCCAUCCACAACCGCCACAGCCAUUGCCGGUGCAACACAGUCAACGAUACCGGCACCACCAAAAAGACCCGUUCGACGCGGCGGUAAAGCCCAACCCGAACGACCCGUUCGGGCGCUUUUCUGUUUGGGUCUCAAAAAUCCCCUACGAAAACUGUGUAUUGAAAUAGUCGAAUGGAAAACAUUUGAGUAUAUAAUUUUGCUGACAAUUUUUGCGAAUUGUAUAGCAUUAGCCAUAUUCACACCGUAUCCCUCUGGUGAUUCAAAUAUAACAAAUACGUCGUUAGAAAGUGUGGAGAAUAUAUUUAUGUUUAUUUUUACCUCGGAAUGUGUUAUGAAAAUUAUUGCAUUCGGUUUUGUGAUGCAUCCUGGUUCUUAUUUACGAAACGGAUGGAAUUUAUUAGAUUUUUUCAUCGUAGUCAUUGGAAUGCUGAGUGCCCUUCUACAGAACAUGAUGCCGGAUGGUUUCGAUGUGAAAGCUUUAAGAGCAUUUAGAGUGUUAAGACCAUUGCGUUUAGUUUCAGGAGUUCCAAGUCUUCAAGUCGUACUGAAUUCAAUUCUUCGUGCUAUGGUGCCUUUAUUACAUAUUGCCCUUUUAGUCAUAUUUGUCAUUAUAAUUUACGCUAUUAUUGGCUUAGAAUUAUUUUCCGGUAAGCUCCACGCAGCCUGCUACAACUCACAAACACAAGAGCUCAUAUCUGAUCCUCAGCCGUGUAGUCCAGACGCAGGGGUUGGUUAUAACUGUCCAAUCGAUCCAGACGAUGUGAAUAAUAAUUAUGUUUGUACGUCAAAAAACGGUAAGGACGCAUGGGAUGGACCAAAUGACGGCAUCACGAAUUUCGAUAACUUUGGACUGGCCAUGUUGACAGUGUUUCAGUGUAUUACACUUGAAGGAUGGACCGAUGUUUUAUAUUGGAUUCAAGAUUCAUCUGGUAAUACAUGGCAAUGGAUUUACUUCGUAUCGAUGGUUAUUUUGGGUGCAUUCUUCGUUAUGAAUCUAAUUCUUGGUGUGUUGAGCGGAGAAUUCUCAAAAGAGCGUACAAAGGCGAAAAAUCGUGGUGAUUUCCAGAAAUUGCGCGAAAAGCAACAGAUCGAAGAGGAUCUGCGCGGCUAUUUGGAUUGGAUAACACAAGCCGAAGACAUUGAACCGGAGGCUGAAGGACCAAUACUACAAAGUGGCAAAGGAAAAGUGCAAAAUGAUCUGAUGGACUCGACCGAUCAGCUGGGCGAAGAGAUUGGUGAACGUUUGCAAGAGCAUUGGCUGAGAAAAUGGAAAAAAGACUUUGAUCGAAUAAAUCGACGGAUGCGACGUGCCUGUCGAAAAGCCGUUAAAUCGCAGGCAUUUUACUGGAUUAUCAUUUUAUUAGUGUUUCUAAAUACGGGCGUAUUGGCCACCGAACAUCACAAUCAGCCGCCAUUUCUUGAUCGAUUCCAAGACCGAACCAACAUGGUGUUUGUAACACUGUUCACAUUGGAAAUGUUACUGAAAAUAUAUAGUUUAGGUUUUCAAGGUUAUUUUGUGUCGCUGUUCAAUCGUUUCGAUUGUUUUGUCGUGUUUGGCAGCAUAUUCGAAAUGCUAUUGACUGAAUAUGAAUUGAUGCCACCGCUUGGAUUGUCCGUGUUGCGUUGUGUGCGUCUGUUACGUGUCUUCAAAGUGACCCGAUACUGGCGAUCACUAUCCAAUUUGGUCGCCUCACUGCUGAACUCCAUCCAAUCGAUUGCAUCACUUUUGUUGCUGCUCUUCCUGUUCAUUGUGAUAUUCUCAUUGCUGGGCAUGCAAGUGUUUGGCGGCCGAUUCAAUUUCAAUGAACAAGAAGUCAAACCACGGUCCAAUUUUGAUACGUUUUGGCAAAGUUUACUGACGGUAUUCCAGAUAUUGACUGGUGAAGAUUGGAAUGCAGUUAUGUAUAACGGUAUUCUGGCAUAUGAUGGCGUUGGAUUCAAAGGUGCUGUUGCUAGCAUUUAUUUCAUAAUCCUAUUCAUUUGCGGUAACUACAUUCUGCUGAACGUCUUCUUGGCCAUUGCUGUCGAUAAUUUGGCCGAUGCCGAUUCACUCACCGAAGUGGUCAAAGAGGGUGAAGAUGAAAACAAAUCAAAAUCGCACAGUCCGACGCCGAUGCUUGACGAUUUGGAUGAUUUACAUGACAUCGAAAUCGAUGAUAUCGAUGAAAACUUCCGGAGUGACGAAGAAUCGUUUUCGGAGACAAAGAUUCGUUUGGAAGACGAUGAAGGCUACGAAGAUGAUGGUCAAGAAAAACGAAAGGAUUAUAAUCAUGAAACAGUGACAACAGCACGACCGCGCCGGCUAUCUGAAGUGAGCAUCAAAACGACGGCCAAGCCACUGCCCAAGGAAAAAGCCUUUUUCCUAAUACCACACACAAACAGAUUUCGAGUAUUUUGCCAUUGGCUAGUAAAUCACAGCACAUUCGGAAAUGUCAUAUUGCUAUGUAUCAUGUGCUCCUCAGCACUGUUAGCAGUUGAGAAGCCAAUUGAACCUCCUGGACAAACACUCAAAUAUCUCGAUUACAUCUUUGUGUUCAUCUUCACCGUGGAGCUACUAUUGAAAUUAAUCACAUACGGAUUCAUACUGCACAAAGGAUCAUUUUGUCGAUCAGCAUUUAAUUUACUUGAUUUGCUAGUCGUUGUGGUAUCACUGAUAUCCGUCUAUACAGAUCUCCUACCAGCUGCAAGUGAAACAGGUGGUAAAAAGAGUAGCGGCAGUGCAACAUUGGGCUCCAUCAAAAUUCUUCGAGUCUUCCGUGUGCUGAGACCGUUACGUGCCAUCAAUCGUGCCAAAGGGCUUAAGUAUGUAGUGAAAUGUGUUAUUGUUGCAAUUAAAACGAUCGGUAACAUUAUGUUGGUUACAUAUCUGCUGCAAUUUAUGUUUGCUGUGAUUGGGGUACAACUGUUCAAGGGCAAAUUCCGAAGUUGUUCCGAUCAAUCGAUGAUGACGGAGGCCACUUGCAAUGGUACAUAUCUUGUAUUCGAAAAUGGGCAAGUCACCACGCCGGUCAUCAAAGAACGUGAAUGGGUCAAUAAUAAAUUCAACUUCGACAAUGUUGCAAAAGGGAUGCUCACAUUAUUCACAGUAUCAACAUUCGAAGGAUGGCCAGGGCUUUUGUACGUGUCGAUUGAUUCGAACGAAGAAGACAAAGGUCCAAUAGAAAAUUUCCGUCCAAUCGUUGCCACGUAUUAUAUAAUUUACAUCAUUAUAAUAGCAUUUUUUAUGGUUAAUAUUUUCGUCGGUUUUGUUAUUGUUACGUUCCAAAAUGAGGGCGAACAAGAGUACAAAAACUGUGAAUUGGAUAAAAAUCAGCGAAAUUGUAUUGAAUUUGCACUGAAAGCGAAACCAGUCCGCCGAUACAUACCCAAGCAUCGGAUUCAAUACAAACUGUGGUGGUUUGUCACAUCCGAACCAUUCGAAUAUGCCAUAUUCAUAUUGAUUAUCAUCAAUACCGUAACGCUGGCCAUGAAAUUCCAUGGACAAGAACAAUGGUACACGGACAUGCUGGAUGUACUAAAUUUGAUAUUCACCAUUGUGUUCUCAAUGGAGUUCGUCUUUAAAUUGGCUGCAUUCCGAUUUAAGAACUACUUCGGUGACGCGUGGAACGUGUUCGAUUUUAUUGUGGUGUUGGGCAGUUUCAUCGAUAUCAUGAUGUCGGAAAUUGAUCGAAAAGAAGAAAUCGAUAAAGGCGUCAAGAAAGAAACGAUAAAUUCAGUGGCAGCGACCAAUGCAAAGAACAUUUCGAUAACAUUAUUCUUCCGACUGUUUCGUGUAAUGCGUUUGGUGAAAUUGCUGAGUCGAGGCGAAGGUAUUCGAACGCUACUCUGGACAUUCAUCAAAUCCUUCCAAGCGCUUCCAUAUGUUGCAUUGUUGAUUGUGAUGUUGUUCUUCAUCUAUGCGGUCAUUGGAAUGCAGCUAUUUGGUAAAAUCAAACUGGACGAUGAGAUAAUCACUCGGAAUAACAACUUUCAAUCGUUUCCGCAAGCGGUGUUGGUGUUGUUUCGAUCGGCCACGGGCGAGGCGUGGCAAGAGAUUAUGAUGGCUUGUGCGAGCGAUGAGGAGGGCAAUUGUGUACAAAUGCCCGGCGAUUCGCCCGACUCAACGGAUAAUUGCGGUUCAGCGGCCGCAUUUCCAUACUUCAUCUCAUUUUAUGUAUUGUGCUCAUUUUUGAUUAUCAACUUAUUCGUGGCGGUUAUUAUGGAUAAUUUCGAUUAUUUGACACGGGAUUGGUCAAUCUUGGGGCCACAUCAUUUGGACGAAUUUAUUCGAUUGUGGAGUGAAUAUGAUCCAGAUGCCAAGGGUCGUAUCAAACAUUUGGAUGUGGUCACAUUGCUGCGAAAAAUAUCACCGCCACUCGGUUUUGGAAAAUUGUGUCCGCAUCGAGUGGCUUGCAAGCGGCUGGUAUCAAUGAAUAUGCCAUUGAAUAGCGAUGGAACGGUUCUGUUCAAUGCCACAUUGUUUGCCGUUGUGCGAACAUCGUUGAAAAUCAAAACGGAAGGUAACAUCGAUGAUGCAAACACCGAACUCCGUGCGGUUAUUAAACAGAUUUGGAAACGAACCAAUCCAAAGCUACUUGAUCAAGUGGUACCGCCGCCAGGUGUUGAUGACGAAGUCACCGUUGGAAAAUUCUAUGCAACUUUCUUGAUUCAAGACUACUUCCGUCGAUUCAAAAAGCGCAAGGAACAAGAACUGAAAGACGGUUCCGGUGAUGCGAAUGCUACGGUGACGCUUCAGGCCGGUUUGCGCACAUUACACGAAGCCGGGCCAGAGUUGAAACGAGCCAUUUCGGGCAAUUUGGAUGAACUGAUCGAAGAACCAGAGCCAAUGCAUCGGCGAAAUCACACCCUAUUCGGAAGUGUGUGGUCGUCGAUGCGACGAAAAGGGCAGGCACCGUUCGGUAAACGUGGUCUAGGCGGUAAAGGUAACAAGCAAGCAAAUGGUAAAAUGAACAAGCGUUAUGGUAUGGAUCCAAUGAGCGAGGCCGAUGCCGAUGCCGAAGCCGAUGCAGAUAAUGACUUUUUGUACAAUUCAAUGCGUCAAGUGGUGUCCGAAGGCAUGAAUCACAUAACAAAAACACUAAUGCAAACCGGUGGAUAUGGUGAAGGUGCUGAAUUUGGUAGUGACAGUGCGGGUGAUCCGAUCAACAGUACCGGUGAACUACAGACUCGUGGCCAAGAGAAUAUACCAUUGCGACCGCUUGUAAUGAGCAACAAUAACAAUUACAACAUGAAUGUUUCACAAAAUAUGCCGACCAAUGGCAAAGCCAAUCAAAGUGGUUUCCUACUGCAUCCAUUUUACAACGCUCCGAUCGAACAACAACAACAACAAGAACAACAACAACAAAAGACAAUGCAUCAACAACAGCAACAACAACCAACGAGUGGCGGUUAUGCCAACAGUAACGGUGUUUCAGUUUUGAGUACGAACGAAACCGGCGCCGACAUGGCCAAUUUCCAUGCAAAGCAACGUUUAACCCAAUCAACACCGGGCAGCCCUCAGGAGCAUGGACGGCCCACUUCGUUCGAAGUUGUCGGCUCGGCUGAGAGUCUUGUUGGACGAGUUCUUGUUGAGCAGGGACUUGGAAAAUUUUGUGAUCCCGAUUUUAUACGAUAUACAUCGCGUGAAAUGCAAGAAGCUUUAAAUAUGACCAGUGAAGAAAUGGAUAUGGCUGCACAUCAGCUCAUUCAAAAUCAGAUACAAAAUCGCUUGGCCAACUCUUAAACUGCCUGGUGGCGUCGAGAUUCAUUGGAAUAGCGCCUCCGCUUUAGAAUGAUAUAAAAGAAGAAAGAAAAAAACGGAACACAAAGAAAGAAGAAUACAAACAACUGCUGGUUACCGGGUAGCUAGUGAGCGUCACUCGCGCAAAAUCUCAACGGAAAUCUCUUUCAUGUCAUAGUUUACUACAAUUUCUACUGUACACAUUACACGAUCACUCAUUUUCAGUGUGAAAUUCCCAUCUGUAAAACGAUACACUUUUCCACUCACCAUUUUACGUGUUUAAUUUUUUUUUUCUCGAAUAAUUGCUUUGUAAGGAUACCUACGGGAAGUUCAUUUUUUAUCUAAGUGAGCGCAUUUUGCUGGUAACAGCAAAAUGGAAUCAAGAACAAACAAAACGAACUCAAUAAUGUAUACUAGUACUGUAAUGCAAAAGUACAAAACAUUAAAUUGACCCAAGCGCGACUCCACACUUAGCUUCUAAAUGUGACACCGUAGUAAGUGUGGGCAUACGUUUUGUGAAUAAGCGACAAAGAGAAUAGAAACAAGUGUGCGUGUAUUAGUCGCUACAUUGAGUAGCAUCGCAUCAGGCUACUCACUACCACACGCGCACUUGUUUCCAUUCUCUUUGUCGCUUAUUCGCAAAACGUAUGCCCACACUUACUACAUUGUCACAUUUAGAAGCUAUGUGUGCAGUCGCGCUUGGGGAGUUAAAAACGUUUGCUUUGUUUAGCAGUUGACAAUUAACUGACUUUAUUAACUGAAUUUCUUAUUGCUAACAAAGUUAUUUGUUGACUGUUGAUUUGAGGUUUCGGUGCAUUGACCGCUUUGGUCAGCAAAUAUAUUGCAUACAUUACAUUGAACAUUAUUACUGUUGGUUUGUCCAACAAGUACGAUUGAUACGUAUCAGCGCAAAAUGUGGCCAGGAUGAAGGAAAGAAAAGUCUGUGUAAUUUGAAACUAAAAAAGCAUUUUGCCAUAUAACACACAUACAUGAAACCAAACGUCAUAAAACUGAAGAAGGAAAAUACGACAGAAAAAAACGGAAAUUUUUACUUGGAGACAAGAGAAAAAAAAAACUAACUAAAAAUGACAAAUAUUAGAACGGAACAUGAUUUUCGCCUUAAAUAUUAAAUUGCCAUUGAUGAUGAGUCAUGCUGCAUUUUUUUUUUAAACACACAAACACAAGUUGACAAAAACGAAAGGAGAUGAACGUAUGUUCGGUCCUAAGAGCUUAUGAGAUGUGUCACAAAAGAGAAACAGAUAAAACAAUUCAUUCUGAAGCUCCUCCAAUAACAAAAAUACUAACGAAUUCCUGUAAAGUAAUUCUAGCAAUUAAGAACAAUUCAAAUCAAUCACAUCAUUUAACAAACAUCAGCGACACUUUCAAUCUUCAGUCUCUUUCUCUCUCUCUCUCUUUAUCUAUCUCUUUCAUUCUUUUCUUUCUCGAUUCGUUUUUGUUUUUUUAAAUAACAGCAUUUUAAAGGAAUCCGACAAAUAACAACAAUCAUCUCCAGCGAACUGAAUCGCAUAAGCAGCACAAAAAGCACAUCUCUUCACUCUUGCGAAAACCAUGUUUUUUCUUAUGAAAACCGUUAGAAAUAUAAGACACACAUUCGAUGAAAACACACAAACUCUCACACAAAAUAUAUAUAAAUACAAAGUGUAAAAAAAAACAAUCAAAAUUAUAAGAUAACGGAGGCGAAAUGGAUGGAGAGAAAACGGGCCAUGUUUUCGGUGAAAUUAAUGAACGAUUUUAGACAUUUUCCCAAUAUACUCCUUCUUUGCUAAAGAAAAAAAAUACAGAGCCUCAAAUAUUAUUGAAAGACCAUUUAAAUAGAAAAAGAAAAAAAAACUAGUUAACAAUUGAUGGAAAUGAGCAGCAAAAUUUGGUCAACUUAAAAGAGAUAGUUACGUUAGUGUAGGCAGAAAACAGAUUGAAACAAAUAAACACACAAACACACAAAAUGAGGGAAAUAAAAAUUCAUUAUGUACACCUAUUUGUGAGGUCACACAGAGUUUAAGCAGUUAAGUUGAUAUAGACAUGAAUGUGUUGGUGCCACUGAAGUAAUUUGUUUUCAUUUUUCAGAGUUUUUAGAAUAUACAAGCACAAAUGAUAGGAACAAAAAAAUAAAAAUAAAAUAAAAACCUGUUGAACAUUUGGAGAUUUAUAUUAUUUGCUGUAAAUAAUUCAAGGAGACAGAUAAAAAAACAAACCAAUUUAAUGCGAUAAUUCAUAUAAUUGUAUAUACAAAGUUUUUUGGUGUUUUUGAAAAACUUUAUUUAAUAUUACAUGAGGAGGAGUAAAUAGAACAAGAAAAAAAAAAUUAAAGAAAAAAUUGUAGUUUAUACCAAAUAAAGAAAAAAAUACAACAGAGUUUUCAGUAUGAUUUACCGGAAACAACAACAACAAAGAAAAAAAAAUGAAAUAAGAAAAAUUGACCAAAUUAUUUUAAGGAACGAAAACAUAAGAAACUAAAUGAAUACACACAAUUUCAGCGUAAUUUGUAAAUGGCCAUUUAUAUCUAUUUAAAUGUAGAUUCGAAAGCUCGAAACAAAAGUAUAUGUAGAUAGUUAAGCGCAUAUUCAUAAUCAAAAUUUGACCAUUUUGUGAAUGGACAAUAAUUAUUUUAUCUGCUUACUAGAGUGGCUCGUUUUUUGAAAGCUUCGUUUUUUGCUAUUGGUGAGGCUCAAAAUGUCUGGCGUGCGUCCAGCAAAGCACAAAAUACCAUAUCUUUCGGUUGUUUCAUGGGAAUUGAAGGGGACUUCCGCCAGAGCCAGAUAAAUGGUUUUUCGAUUGAGCCAUGAGGAUACAACAUCAAUACAGCACCUAUUCAUGACAUUAAAAACGUCGUAAAACAUUCUGGGUCUUAUUUUUCUACCAAAAAAACCAAUCCUUCUGCCAUUUUGCCAAUUUUCCGAAGAAAAUAAGAAAAUUUUACGUGGCAGCUUCCUUUCAUCGAAAUGCUUUCAAUCACUUCCGAUCUACUUCAAAUUUGCCGGAAUUUGUUGGUGAAAAAAUUAAAUCCAGAAAAUAUCAUGAUGUUUACAAUGUCGUAUAUAGGUUUUCUAUUGUGGUUGUAUUCUCAUGACUUCAUCAAAAAACCUGCAAUUUAUUAGGCUCUGGCGAAAAUCUGUAAUCCCCAUAAAACAACUAAAGAUAUGGUAUUUCGAACUUGGCUGACACUCGACAAAGGUUUAAGCCUCAUCGAUGGUGCAAAACGAAACUAUCAAAAAUCAAGCCAUCCUACUGAUUACAAAAAAAAACACGAAAAUGAUGAUAUCGUUGUACCAUCCGACAAAGAAACAAAAAUUUAAGAAGAAGAAAAACAUAAAAGACGCAGAUUCAAAUAAUUAUUCUCUGUUCAAUGCGAGGUGCAAACACAAACAAAGAAACCAAAAAAAAACUUUUGAAUAAGAAGAAACCUAUGAUAUACACCCCCCGUCACGUCGUCUUUUUUUAUAUUUAUAAAUGUUUUACUAUAUUUAUUCGUUAUAACUGAAAUAUCUAGAGAGCAUCUCAAACUCUGAAUUUCUCACAAUUUCGACAAACAGACGUUUUGCACAUUGGCAGUGAAACAUUUUAACUCCUUACAAAAAAAAAAUACAGAGAAAUUUAGACAACAUUUCAAA